AUAUGUUUGAUAUAAUUUGUAGCUUUGCUUUCAAUGUCAAAUGUUGAGUAUUUUGUUAUUAAAUUGACACAAUAAAUUUAAUAUUUGUCUCAGCGGUUGUGCCGUUUAAUGUUUAACAAUAGCCUGGAUUUUUUUCAAAAUUUUUUAACAAAUAAAUUAGUGUUCUUUUAUUAAUAACAAUGUCUUUAGUCUUGGAUGUUGUGCAAAAGUUUGUGCUGCAUAGCGCAUUUGAAUUGAGCUGCACGACGGCGCUUAAAAUUUUUAACAAAUGCAAGAAACUGGAGAUGAGCAGGCUGGAUAAGCCAUGUGGCAGGCAAGCGAUUGAGCCAGCAGCAACAACAACCGAAGUUAACAAACAAACAAGUGUAGCGGAGCUAACAUUGAAGAAAGUGGAUGCAAGACCUAGCGAGGAGCUAAGCUAUAAAUAUUUUGAUUAUCGCAAUAUAGGACCUAUAUGCAUGCCCAAGACUUCCUGCAUGCGUGUGGUGCGCGAUAGUUACUUCAGCUAGGAGAGAGAGGGAGAGUUAGC